AUGGCGGCGGAUCCGUUUUCCGCUGUUCCGUUUGAAAUUGUCGCUCAUAUCCUGAGCUUCGUCCCACGGCGUGACCUCCCGACCGUGUGCCUCGUCAAUCAAUCACUUUGCCGCUGUGCUGAACCAAUUCUCUGCUCUGACAUCACUCUUGAAUGGACUCAUCAGAAGAAAACCCCGCCCAUCAUUCCUCUGCUGCAGAAGCUUUUCCGCAGACCAGAGCUAUUUGACUCCAUCGAUGUCGUCUCGCUGACUCGAGAUGAUUUUGUUGGGAACGACCCCUCUCCUCCUUUGACGGCCACGGAAUCUACAGUGCUCGAGUUUGAACGCAUCAUCAAAAGCUUCGACACCCCAUUUACCGAUGCCUGGGUCAAGAAACUCCGAGAAGGCAGCAUGGACGCUUAUGCCGCUCUAUUAAUCGCCCAUCUCUCCAAGAUCCGCUGCCUCACCAUCACAGACAAUUAUAUCCGCCGGCUUGAUCUCAUCGGCAAAGUCCUCCAGUCAAAGGCCAUCGGAGAGCAUCUGCCCAGAUUUGAACGGCUAGAGCUCAUAAUCUACUUCCACGGGUUUGAUUAUUAUGCGCCCGCGCCCCCGCACAGGUUCGAUGAAGUCAUGUCUCUCUUUCAUGUCCCAACAGUCACCCACCUGGCGGCUCAGAUGGGCAGCACUGAGCUCUUCUACUGGCCCGGAGGAGAGCCUGAUCUCAGUUGCUUGACCUCGCUAGACCUGGAAGGGCGCUGCGCAGAGUUCAUGUCAAAGAUACUGGCCCUGACUCGGAGCCUAAAGUCGCUUUCCUGGCGAUGGGAAUACGCACCCGAGACUGAUGACCCUUGGAUGACGACAAAUCUAGACUUGGACGAAAUAAUUUCGGCGCUAUCAUACGUCAGAGAUACCUUGGAGAAACUUCAGUUUGGAAUCACUGUCUACAGUGGCUACAGGCUUGAAGACUUUGGAGCCCAGCCCCAACCUCUGGAUCGUCAUGUUCCUCGCAGUGUUGAGACACUUUGCCUCUCCACAAGUAUGCUCUACAAUGAAGCAGUCCUAUGGAUCCCGGAUGAUGAGUGGCCAACGGACCAAGAUGUUGUGCAGCUGCUUCAACAAUUAGCCAAAAGCUACCUGACCACACUGCCACGGCUACGUCUUAUCAAGAUUAUUGACGGCAUUUCCUGCUUUGAAAACAGACAGUUUGAUGAGAUGCUGGCAAACAAUUCUUUGGGGAUAGAUAUUGAGGCUGUGCGCUCCAUUUCACCACUUUGGGAUCUCUCUGUAGAUAGCACAUAG